AUGGAGUGGGACCUGGUGUGCGGCUCGCGCUGGAAGGUGCCGCUGGAGCAGACCACGCACCUGCUGGGCUGGGCGCUSGGCAGCGUCCUGGCCGGGCUGGCGUGUGACAGGCUCGGCCGCCGUCCCGCCUUCGUGGGCGCCCUGGCGCUGGCCGUGCCGCUGGGGCUCAGCGUGGCGCUCGCCGUCGACUUCGCCAUGGCCAUGGCCACGCGGCUGCUCUUCGGCGCCGCGCUCGCCGGCGCCUUCCUCGCCCUCUACGUGGCCCGGCUGGAGCUGUGCGAGCCGCCGCAGCGGCUGCCCGUCACCGCGGUCGCCGCCUUCUUCUGGAUCGCGGGGGAGCUGCUGCUGCCGGCGCUGGCGCUGCUGUGCCGCGAGUGGCGGGUGCUGCAGGGCGCCGUCACCCUCGUGCUCGCCCUGCUCGCGGCCUGCUGGUGGUGCCCGGCGCUGCUGCUGGAGUCGCCGCGCUGGCUCCUGGCCACGCAGCAGCUGGAGCGGGCGCGGAAGACGCUGCAGGCGCUGGCCGAGAGCGGCGGCGACGACGGCUGCGGCCACGAGCGGCUCYGCGCAGAGCUGGAGUCGCUGGCGCAGGCGUCCCCGCAGCCCCGCUACCACGCGGUCUGCGACAUCUUCAGCACCCGCGUCAUCUGGAAGAAYGGCGUCAUCCUCGGCUUCAGCGCGUUCAUCGGCUCGGGCAUCCGGCAGUGCUUCAGCCGCAACCUGGCCCCGCACCUGCCCCGCUUCCUGCACUCCUACUUCGUGCUCGUGGGCACCGAGGCGGCCGCCUGCGCCUUCGUGAGCGUCACGGCCGAGCGGUUCGGGCGCCGCGCGGUGCUGCUGCUCUGCACCGUGCUCACCGGCAUCGCCUCCCUGCUGCUGCUCGCGCUCACCCAGUACCUGCUGGAGCUCAUCGUGCUCACGCUGUCGGUCGUGGGCGUCACGGCCUCGCACGCCGUCACCAUGCUCAGCAUCUUCUUCGCCAGCGAGGUGCUGCCCACCGUGGUGCGGGGCGCGGGGCUGGGCCUCGUGGUGGGCGCCAGCUUCGUGGGCAAGGCGGCCGCCCCCAUCACGGCGGUCGCCAGCAGCCGCGGCUUCUUCCUGCACCACGUGGUGUUCGCCUCCUUCGCCAUCCUCUCGGUGCUCAGCAUCAUGCUGCUGCCCGAGAGCCAGGGCCGCCGCCUGCCGCAGUCGCUGCAGGACGGCGAGGGCCAGCGGCGGCCCCCGCUCUUCCGCCGCCCCCGCCGCGACGACCACGUGCCGCUGCUGGCCCCCCCGCCCGCCCCCCCGGCCCCCCGCUACGCCCCCCACGAGACGUAG